AUGCGCGUGACCGUGGCGGUGCCGUCGGCGAACGACGCGUUGAUCACCGUGGACGUGCACGAGGAGUGCGCGCUGGGAGAUCUACGCGCCGCGGUGCUGUGCGAGAUCGGCGACGCGGCGAUGGUGGAACGGUUGGCGACGCGUGGACGAUUCGUUCGAGAGGGACGGGUGAUCGAGGGUGGACUCGAUCGAACGUUGGAGAGCGCUGGGAUAGGGGAGAAUGAUGUGUUGGUGCUGGAGAGCGACGCUGGGGGGGGCGGGAGCGGGAGCGGCGUGGGGGUGAGCGUGGAGGGCCAGAUGGCGGAACUGAGAGGGAACGCGGGGAUGAUGGAACGAAUACGCGCCAUGCACCCGGGUCUGGCGGCUGCCGUCGAUCGAAACGAUGCGACGGAGUUUCAGAGGAUGAUGCGUGAGGUGACGUCCGCGACGGAGGCGAGGAAGCGGGCGUAUGAAGAGUACGCGGCGUUGGCGUCGGCGGAUCCUUUCGAUGUGGAGGCGCAGCGGAAAAUCGAAGAGGCUAUUCGGCGGGAAAACGUGCAGCAUAACAUGGAACGAGCGAUAGAGGAGACGCCGGAGGCGUUCGGGCAGGUGUUCAUGCUGUACGUCGACGUCGAGGUGAACGGAGUGGCGCUCAAGGCUUUCGUCGACAGCGGAGCGCAGAUGUCCAUCAUGUCGGUGACGUGCGCGCGGAGGUGUGGACUCGAGCGUUUGAUUGAUAACAACUUCGCGGGAGAGGCCAGGGGUGUGGGCGUGCAGAAGAUCAUCGGACGCGUUCACCAAGCCCCGCUCAAGGUUGCUGAGCAGUUCGUGCCGAUCGCGAUCACGGUUUUGGAGAAGGAGAACGAUAUCGAUUUCAUUUUUGGGUUGGACAUGCUUCGCAGACACGCGUGCUCGAUCGAUUUGAAGCGAAAUGUCCUCGUCAUCGGCUCCACGGGCACGGAGUUGCCGUUCUUGAGCGAGGCCGAGGUUGGGAAACAGAUGGGAGUGUUUUCCAACGGUGGAGACGCGGGAGAUACGGUCGCCAAGUCUCCGGCUCCAGCGAACGACUCGGGCGAGCAAGCGCCGUCAAGCGCGACGACCUCCAGGCCGGACGAGGAAAAGAUUUCUCGCUUGAUGGCGCUCGGUUUCGGACGUCAAGAAGUCAUCAACGCCCUCGAAUCCACAGGAGGCAACGAAGAGUUCGCGGGCGCGCUGUUAUUUGGCUAA